UUUUUCCCUUUUUUUUUUGUUGUUGUUUGUCCGGAGGAGGAAGAUUUCUUCGGAGGAAAUCGGGACGUUCCCCUGAACACCCCCUCUCCGGGGCUGAGAGUUUACGCUCCUCUCCUGGCGGCCGCCAGCAGCAGCAGCCGCAGCCCAGGAAGCCGAACCAGCAGCGAGUUUAACUUCUCCCAAGGCAACCUUUUGAAAAAUCCGAAAAGGAAAAGAGGACGGGGAGGGAGGGGAAGAAAAAGGAAAGAAAUUCAACCACUUGAGGGAAGAAGCGGUGGCUAGAAGGAGGGAAAAGAGCAGAGAGACUGUGCGAGAAGGAAGGAAGGAAGGAGGAGGAGAAGCGGCAGCAGCAGCGUUUUGCAGCUGGGCAGAAGCCGGGACCAUGCAGUUUCCAGCCGGGCUUUGCUAAGAGGGGCAGCCCCGGACCCCACAGCCAGACUCUGUCUCGUCGCUGCUCCAGCCGCCCCCAGACCGGCAUCGCCCCCCGCCCCGUCCAUCUUUCUUUUUUUUUUUUUUAAAAAAAAAACAAACAACCAACAAACCCAAACAAAAACAGACUGAGAUUUUUUUUCCUCGUGCGUUUAAUCCGCUCCUUUUUUUUUUCUUUCCUGAUCCACUUUUUUGCCCCUCACCCUCACCCCUCCACUUUUUCAUUCACCCCUUUUUUCGCUAUUUUUUUCCUUUUUACAACCCACACCCCCCACUACACGCCUCCUCCAGCGAUCCCCCCACCGCUCCCCCCCCCCGCCCCCCAAUUCGCUAACUUGUGGCUGUUGUGAUGCGUAUUCCCGUAGAUCCCAGCACCAGCCGGAGGUUCAGCCCCCCCUCCAGCAGCCUGCAGCCCGGCAAGAUGAGCGAAGUCAGCCCGGUCGUAGUAGCCCAACAGCAGCAGCAGCAGCAGCAGCAGCAGCAAGAAGCGGCGGCCGCCGUGCCCAGGCUGCGCCCCCACGAUAACCGCACCAUGGUGGAGAUCAUCGCUGACCACCCCGCCGAGCUGGUCCGCACCGACAGCCCCAACUUCCUCUGCUCCGUCCUGCCCUCGCACUGGCGCUGCAACAAGACCCUCCCGGUGGCAUUCAAGGUGGUGGCCUUAGGAGAAGUGCCUGAUGGGACGGUGGUCACCGUCAUGGCUGGAAACGAUGAGAACUACUCUGCAGAGCUGCGAAACGCUUCUGCCGUGAUGAAGAACCAGGUGGCCAGAUUUAAUGACUUACGAUUUGUGGGCAGAAGUGGAAGAGGGAAGAGCUUUACUUUGACAAUAACUGUCCUGACAAAUCCCCCCCAAGUCGCUACAUACCACAGAGCUAUAAAGGUUACAGUGGAUGGGCCAAGGGAGCCAAGAAGGCACAGACAGAAGCUUGAUGACUCUAAACCUAGUUUGUUCUCUGAACGCCUCAGUGAUUUAGGGCGCAUUCCUCAUCCCAGUAUGAGAGUAGGGGUCCCGACCCAGAGCCCACGGCCCUCUCUGAACUCUGCACCAAGUCCUUUUAAUCCACAAGGACAGAGUCAGAUUACAGACCCCAGGCAGGCACAGUCAUCCCCGCCAUGGUCCUAUGACCAGUCUUACCCAUCCUACUUGAGCCAGAUGACUUCACCGUCCAUUCACUCCACAACUCCCCUGUCCUCCACUCGAGGCACAGGACUUCCAGCCAUCACCGAUGUGCCCAGACGCCUCUCAGGUGCUUCAGAGCUGGGCCCAUUUUCAGAUCCCAGGCAGUUCACAAGCAUUUCAUCCCUCACUGAGAGCCGCUUCUCCAACCCACGAAUGCACUAUCCAGCCACCUUUACCUAUACACCGCCAGUCACCUCAGGCAUGUCACUGGGUAUGUCCGCAACCACUCACUACCACACCUACCUACCACCACCCUACCCCGGCUCUUCCCAAAACCAAAGUGGACCUUUCCAGACCAGCAGCACUCCAUAUCUCUACUAUGGCACUUCGUCAGGAUCAUACCAGUUCCCCAUGGUGCCGGGAGGGGACCGCUCCCCCUCCAGGAUGCUUCCUCCGUGCACCACCACGUCCAACGGCAGCACGCUGUUAAACCCUAACUUGCCCAACCAGAGUGACGGUGUGGAGGCGGAUGGCAGCCACAGCAGCUCCCCAACCGUCUUGAAUUCUAGUGGCAGAAUGGAUGAGUCCGUUUGGAGGCCAUACUGAGAUUUCUUCUGUAGCCGGCCCGACCUCCGCGAGCCAAAAAAAAAAAAAAACCAAAAAAAAAAAAACCCAAACAAACGGUCGACUAACUACGAAGUGCCUGUUUUUUGUGUUUUUUUUUUUUUUUGAAAUAGAUUUUACUGAUAUGUGCAACUGUGUAGAUGGGAUGAUAAUGGCCAUAAAUAACACAAGAGUUACCAACACACCACAACCCAUGUUUCAGAUUAUGUGGAUCAAAGCACAUAUUUUUUUUUUUUUUCUUGGAACCAUUUUACCUUGUUUUAUAUUUAAAAUGUACUUUUUACACACACACAAAAAAAAUCACCCCCUCUUUUUUCUUUUUUUUUUUUUUUUUUUUUGGUCUAGAGUGUUGUAAUAACUAGUGAGUUCUUUUGCCAAUGAGGAGAGAACGGACUCCCCAGCUAUCAGGAGAGACAUGGUGAUGCAAGGCAAAGGCUGCAUUCCCUUUUAUUUUUUAAUAAAAAUCCACCACCUGACCAUGAACUCCAGAUACAGUUGCAAUCAUACAACGUAUGGGACCCUCUUCACACCCGUAGUGCAAUUCAACUGGCUUGUAUUGGUGCACAUAAAAAGGAAAGCAAAGAUCGAGUUGCUUCCAUUUUGCCAUGAUACAUUCAGAUGAAAACAGCUGUCCCAAAAAACUCGGUCCGAGCCUUGCUGCAGAUAACGGUUGAACGUCUCUGUGUUCAUUGCUUUUUUGGUUUGUUUUUGGGUACUUAAAGAGAACGAGUUAGGGUAGACAACCCUGGGGUUUCCUUUUUGCUUUUGUAUCCGUUCAUUUUGCCUUCGAUUAGCCAAAAACCAAAAAUAACAACCAAAACCUUUAAAAACAAAAAAUAAAAACAAAAUGUUAUUACUUAUGCAAAGUAUGAAAAUGGCAAUAUAUAUUACUAGAGCCAAAAUGGCAUACAUAGUAUUUGUGUUCGGCUAUGUUCGUUUUUAUUUUUCUUUUAAAUUAUAAAUGUGUAAAAUUUGAGGUUGUUUGCUAACAGGAAUCAUCAUAUAACUUUAAAAGAAUAUUUAUAAUUAUUUAAUGACAUUUGGACCCUUUAAACGUUUCUUAAUGUAAUGAUAUAUUGACUUCGGUCUCUAAAAGUGUUUUUUUUUCUCUCUUUUUUAAUUAUUACAUUUCUGCAAUGGUGUAAACCUCAAACCUUUACCCAACUCUGAAAAGCAGUUCCAGUGUGAACCAGUUUACAAUGUGACUUAAAAACGACAAACCCAACCCAAAUGCAUCCACAUCAAAUGAUUUUGGAUGUAGGAUCUUUUUAUAUAACUUAUGAAGGAAAUAUUGUGCUUAAAAUAUUUUUAUUAGCUGUCUGGUUGCCUUCAACACAGUCUUGCCUUUUAAUCAGUAGUUGUGGAGACACUGGAAAAAUGGUAGGAAGGAUGAAAUAUUUUCCACUCUUCCCCUAAUUUCUUCUUCUCCCAGGAUUUUUCUCAGAACUUCAAAAUUUGAAAAUAUUCAUAUUCAAAAUGUUCUGUUUUGACAGCAUAAUUUGAAUUUUGACAGGGUUUCUUUUUUCCCAAAGAAAAAUCAAAACCGUUUCAAAGCCCGUAUUUUACAAAUAAUGAAUUGUUAAACAUCUCAGAAAUGGGAUUAAGGGAGAAUUGGUGAAGCUUUUUCCCCUCCCCUUGCAAUUUCAGCCCACUUGAUGGAAUUAAAAGUUCAAAACUUGAGACAGAAACUGCCUGGUAGCGCAUCACCACCCCUUAGCAUUAAAUGCUAGAGCCGUAAGGAUGCUGUGUUGCCUCUGAAGCUGAUGUGGCUGUUGCCUAUUAAAGAGACAAGCACAAGGGCAGCAAUACUCACCUCUGCAAACGCUGAAGAUAAAAAGUCACCUUAAAAGCCACCCCGGGGCUCCGAGGCCCGAUACAGGGAGAGCAAAUUGCACCCGAAACCCUUAACCAACCCGUCUGCCGCCAAACUGUCCAGCGGAGGGGCCCAAAUUUUGCCCAGCCCAGGGCUGCCUAUGGCAAACGGGGAGGCGACGCGGCAUCGGCUGGGUGUGGCGGGAGCUGAACCGCCCUCCCCGUGCUGUCCCCAAGCAGGUGACGUUAAGCCUGGUUUAGCGGGAUGUUCAGCACGUGCUGAUGGAGUUUGCCGGCGCUCCCUCCUUCCCCUUCCUUAGCCACCGCUGCCCGCAGCCUCCUCGGGGGGCUGCCGGCCCCCACGCCGCUCCUCAGCUGCACAGUGGCUACCUCCAUAGUAUCGCGAUCAGUCAACGGUGGGCAUAGCCAUACAGAGCCGGACAACACCAUCGCCGCUCGUUAACAGCGAAGCUGUUAAACGAGUUGACAUUAGCGUGCUACAUCCCUCCGAUUUGCGUGAUGACGUGCUCUUAAAAAAAAAAAAUAAUUAAAUAAAGUCUUUGCCUUCUAAAGGUUGUAUACCAAGUAUGCUUAAAGUAUAAGUAAGACACUUUUUUUCUUCUAAUACUUAGUUUUCCUUCAAAGAUGGAAGCUGUAAUUGAUUCUAUUUAUUGUUGGUUUGUGGUAGCUUGAAGCAUACCACUGUCCAUUUAUUUGUAACUGUAAAAUACGUUUGUUAGUCUCAGCAGCACUUAAAAAGCCAGUGUCUGGUUACACAUUUCAGUUUUGUUUUUUGUUUAGUAAGCAAGAGAAAAAGAUGUACUGCCAGUGCAAGCUGUUUCCUAUUUAAUAAAAGGUACUAUAUUUGUACAUUAUUUGUUAUUGCUGAGAAGGGCUUUUUAAGGUUUACUGUAUGCAUAUUAAGUAAUUUUUAGGGUGCUUUUGUGUUGAAAUGUUGUUAAGAGUGGCUGCAGGCAGCAACCCAGAUUUUUCUUUUUUUUUUUAAGACUUUGUUGUAAAAUUCAAGCACUUGGUUUUUGUUUCUGGAUAAAUCCAGCACAGACCAGACUUUUGUUUUGCUCAGUACCGACAGGACUCUGUUUGUGUCCCCGCGGUUUUUCAACUGGACCAUUAGGGACAGACGUUGAAAACGUUUUCUCCGCCCGGCCGAGGCACACGUGCCCGAUCCGUGCCCUCGGCCUCCCUGGCCGUGCGGGCAGGCACCUGGCUCCGCCUGCUUGAGAUAGGAAGGAAAGGAUUUUCUAAGUACCUACGGACAGAGGAGCACCAGCCCCUUGACUUUCAGUAGACCCCCAUGCUCCUGAACCCUCCUGGUGCCUUUGGAAAACCUCUCCUGGUACGUCAGGCUGGUCACAGAGGGAGUUGUACAGGCUGAGGCAGAAAUGCUCAUCGAAGCUUUCGGGAAAUGCUUCCGAGUUCACUUGGAAAUGCUCUUGAAUCGGGAUUUCAUACCAAAAAAACCCCCAACUGGCACUAUGUAGUUAAUCGUAUCAGAUUCUCCGAUGUUUUGCGAGGUGCUUAGCAUCAUUUUCUCAAAGGUACGACAGCCCUUCCCUUUGGUGGGUGGCAAUCUUUGGCACCGGUCAUAGAUUUAAAGAUAAAAAGAUGGCGUUUUUUUACUUUCCACCUCUCUUAUCCUACCAAAGAUUUACUUCCAGCACAACAGGCACGAUAUCCCUUUCGCCGAACAGAGGAUUAAAUCCUCCUCUCCCUCCUCCUAAGGGUAACCAGAUCAGGGUCAGCGGGUCAGGACGGAUGAGUAAAGCAAAUUAUUUAACCCACAGCAUCAUUCGUGUGGCAUUUAUCGUUUCUUUUAAAAGAUCAGCUGCUGUGUCUUUCUCAGCACUGAACUUUUUUUGCCACCAGUUCCCCGAGCCCAGAUUUACCAGUUUCCACAGGUACCAUCUCGAGUGGGGACAGUUUUGCACUUUCACACUUAGCGAAGCAAAGCUCAGCCCGCGCCGGGCUGCACGCGGCCAGCAAGCCAUGAGCAACAGCAAUAAUUAAAACCUGGAUCAGCCAUGAGCUCAAAGAAGCCCCAUUCUCUGAACCCCUGAAUAUCUUGUUGUUUUUAAAUAGAAUGCAUUUCAUUUUAACAUUUUCUGAGAACUUUUUUUAGAUGUUUGUUUACUUCCAUGUUUACAGAUAACUCUUUGCUUUUUUUUUUUUUUUUUUUAAUGCAGUACUUCUAAGUAUAUCAGCCAAAACCAUACUUUUACAGUAACUUUUGUUUUAGGUAAUAUGAGUGACAUUCCAAUUUUUUUUUUUGUUGUUAAAUAUGCUUUACCAGUCUUGAAUUUCUGCUGGAACAAAAUAUUUGUAGCAUUUUGUGUAAAUACAAGCUUUAAUUUUUUAUUUUUUCAAAUGCUGUCACCCAAGAUUUGCUUUUCAUGCACAUAUUGUACAAACACACUCUGCUUUAUGCCACAAACGAUGAUUGUGGAUCAGUUUACUUCAACUUCAAAGGGACUAUUUGUAUUGUAUGUUGCAACUGUAAAUUGAAUUGUUUGGCAUUUUCUCAUGAUUGUAAUAUUAAUUUGAAGUUUGAAUUUCAUUUUCAAUAA